AUGGGAAGAAUGUUCGAGAUAGAACUCGAGGGACCCUUCUACACAUGCAUAAAGUGCCACACACAUCUCGGACUCCCCAAUGAUAUCAUCUCUAAGGAGAUUGAUCAGGUAACUGGGGGUUCUUACUGGGUUUUGAGGAACGAACUCCAUGGACCGGAAGGAAGCGAUGAUGAGUGUGUGAAUAGUUUCAUGAUUAGAUCACAUAUUCAUGAAAAAUCCGAGAGACAUGGACUGGUUGAGGGCAGAAGCUGGUACCAACAAGACAGGAAGCUCAACAGGGACCAGCGCCCCUCUGAGAACCACCCCCCACAAAGAAACAGAGACACCUAUGGGAAACACUUAUCACACCGUGACAACCAUAGUAGAAGGUUCCAACCCUAUGGGUCCAGCCGUUACUCAAGGGGAGCAGGAGGAACUAACUCACGGAGUACAAAUUAUAGAGAAGUGUACAGGCCUCUGCAGCCUCCGAUCAACCAAGCCCCUCCACCCCCGGCCUUACCAGUUCGAGACAGACUGUCUCCUAGAGAUACAGGAAGGAUUGACUCGAUCAGAGAAGAAUCUAGCUCCUGCAAAAGGACAACCCCUACCUCUGCAAAGGGGACUCCCUUGAAUGAGUCGAAACUAGACCAAACAACUGAAGCUCUGAACGCAGCAAGAGAGGAACUCAGAGUUACAAUGACCCAAUACAUCUCGUGUACUGAUCCAGCUGAAAGUGCAGCACGUAGGGAAAGAGUGAGACAGGCUGAGCAGAAUGGCAUAAUAGAAGACUCUGUUUCUCAGAUGGCGCGUGCAGCAUUAGCUCGGCAUCAAAGCCCGGAGACCUGUCUAAAUAGCCCAGACAGAACCCCAGCACUCCAUCGGCUAGGGUCUUUAAACCCCCAGGCACAAGAAACAGAAAAUAUUCUUACCGAGAGCCCAAAAAGAACUCCAGCUCUUCUUCGCCUAGGCCAAGCAAGUCCCCCUAACCAACUACCUAAUCCACCCACAGAAUCAGCUCCUGUUAGGCGUAAACCCGGUAGACCACCGGGCACAAGGAAAGGUGCUAGUAGCCCCAAAUCCUUGGUGGGCUCUAAUUCCCGAAAACGCAAGGUUCAGCAGACAAAACCUCCAACUUGCAAGCGCAAACUCUCAGUGAAAACGGGCAACGUCUUAGAGGCAGGGCCGUCCCGCCGGAAGAAUGGGGAUUCCCAAAAGAAGGGUAGACAGAGAUCAACCCCUUCUAACUCGGACAACCAGCCUAUCUGCAAUAUGAUACCAGCUACAACAAAGAGGAAGAAGGCGGAUUUUCGGAAUCCGUCAACUCCCGUUCCUUAA